UCAAAAAACUUUAUCAGUCAGUCUGUGCAAGAUCUGACAAUUAGAGUUUGGCUAAAUGCAUUUUCAAUAUGAACAGGAUGCAAGUAAACGAGCUUUGUGACUCUGAGAAAGUGAUGUCCCUUGUAAAACAAUACAGUCCUGCUGCCAAAUUAUCAGGACAGCGUGAACGUGAGCUGGUUUAUACCCUGCCCUUGGAAAAUGUGGAUAAAUUUCCAGAUCUGUUUUGUGACAUGGACCAUGAGACAGAUCUUGGGAUUGUUAAUUAUGGAGUUACUAUGACAACUAUGGAAGAUGUCUUCUUGAAGCUGGAGGAUAAUGAAACACUCGAAGAAGAUUAUGGAGUUUCUCACAGAGAGCAAAAAGAGGAAAGACGCGGUGCUGACGAAAUGGAACAAAAUCUGCUAUUGCUCUCUGAUGUAGGAAGGUCUACAGUAAGUGGCACACAACUCUGGAGACAACAAGUGUGUGCCAUAGCAAGAAUGCACUUCUUACAACUCAAGCGCGAGAGCAAAUUCUGGAGGACCUUGUUUCUCCUCUUUGGAAUUGUACUCAUUCCUUCUUUCAUACAACUCAUCACAUUUGCUUUGUGGAAGGACGUACAUAAUAUAGAAUUGAGUUCUAGCCUUUAUUUUGAGCCAGAAACUAAGUUUGAUACAGGACUCUCUGGGCUUCUGAUUCUUAAUGAUACAGGUGCAAGUAUUGACAAUUUUAUCGGUGCUGUGAAGAGUCAGAAUAUCUUUGCAGAAACAGCCACUGUUAGUAGUGUCAGUGACCAGCUAGUACACAAUGGCGCUAUUAAAGUGGCCCAGGAAAAGGAGAAAUACAGGUUCACUCUUAUGUGUCAUAUGGAAGUAAACAACUGCUUUCCAGUGCUUGUCAACAUCAUCAGCAAUGCACUUUUGCAAAUGUUUAAUUCUACUUCCCAUAUUCGAAUCUGGAAUCAUGUAUUUUAUUAUCCUAGAGUCACUGAUCUGUGGCUUUACUUUGCUGAAGCAAACUUUUUGGGAAUUAUUGUUUUAUUUCCUGCUUUUGCCCCACACUUUGCAAUGAACAGCGUUCAUGACUACAAGAAAUACAGGUUCACUCUUAUGUGUCAUAUGGAAGUAAACAACUGCUUUCCAGUGCUUGUCAACAUCAUCAGCAAUGCACUUUUGCAAAUGUUUAAUUCUACUUCCCAUAUUCGAAUCUGGAAUCAUGUAUUUUAUUAUCCUAGAGUCACUGAUCUGUGGCUUUACUUUGCUGAAGCAAACUUUUUGGGAAUUAUUGUUUUAUUUCCUGCUUUUGCCCCACACUUUGCAAUGAACAGCGUUCAUGACUACAAGUUAAAAAUUCACUCCCAGCUACGAGUCUCAGGACUCUUUCCUUCAGCAUAUUGGUGCGGACAAGCUUUAGUGGACAUUCCGCUGCAUUGGAUUAUACUCUUUUUAAUGUUUGGAACACAGUGGCUUCAUCUUGUAAUCAGUGAUAGCAUAUAUAAGAAAACCAUUAUUUUUUGCUUUGUGGUAUUUCUGCUUAGCUAUGGCGCAUCAAUUGUCUUGUUGCUGUAUAUAGUUGCUUUCAUAUUUCGCAAAGCACAGUUUACAAGCAGUUUCUGGUCUUUCACCUUAAUUUUGGAAGUAUUUUUAAGUAUGAAAACUGAAAAGAUUGGUUCAGACAUCCAGCUGAAAGCAGCUUGUGUAUUAAGCCUAUAUUAUGACAGCAUACACUAUGGGAUACUAAAUAUAUUGUUUGUGUAA